AUGCCAUCCGUUGUCGAGUCACCGUAUGAGCCUCAGCUACCUAACCCGGAGUACAAGUUAGAAAAGGGCGCCAGUCUAACCGCGGGACGACGUUCAAAUGCUGAUAUUACCGACAUACGGCAAACCGCCGUCGAAAUUAACCUGAAAGAGGAAAUCCAUAAGUUACUGCGCCCUCAGGAGGGGCCCCGGAAAUUGCCGACCUUACUACUGUAUGACGAGAAAGGUCUACAGCUGUUUGAAGAGAUCACAUAUUUAGAAGAGUACUACUUAACAAAUCAUGAGAUCCAAGUCUUGCGGCGUUCGGCUACCGCCAUUGCUAAAUCAAUUCCGUCCGGAUCUCUAGUGCUCGAGUUAGGCAGCGGCAACCUGAGGAAGGUGGCUCUUUUGCUUCAAGCUCUUGACGACGCCGGCAAGAAGAUCGACUAUUAUGCUCUUGAUUUGUCAGAAGAUGAGUUGUCAAGAACUCUGGCUCAAGUCCCAAAUUUCCGUCACGUCCGGUGUCACGGACUAUUAGGAACAUACGAUGACGGCCGUGAAUGGUUAAGGAGGCCGCAGAUCGCUUCCAAGCGAAAAUGCGUUUUAUCUCUCGGAUCUAGCAUUGGUAACUUCCACCGGGACGAAGCAGCCUCGUUCCUGAGAGGUUUCGCCGAUGUUCUCCAGCCAGCGGAUAGCUUUCUGAUUGGGUUGGACUCCUGCACAGAUCCUCCCAAGGUCUAUCACGCAUACAACGACAGACACGGCGUCACGCAUAGGUUCCUCCUGAAUGGGCUCUCUCAUGCAAAUGAAGUUCUUGGACAUAAGACAUUUGACCUAGAUGACUGGCAGGUCAUUGGUGAAUAUGUCUAUGACAUCGAAGGAGGACGCCACCGAGCAUUCUACUCGCCACCACGAGACACGGUGGUCUUGGGAGAGACGAUCAAGGCCCAGGAACGUAUUCAAGUCGAGCAGAGUCUGAAGUACUCAGAAGAGGGCUGCAGAAAUUUAUGGCGGUCUGCGGGUAUGAUCGAAGCUGAUCGCUGGAUGACCGAAGACGAAGACUACGGUCUUCAUCUUCUAACCAAGCCAAACAUGACCUUUAGCCCUAACCCUUUGGAAUAUGCCCGCUCUCAUAUCCCAUCCUUGGGGGACUUCGAGGGUCUAUGGAAUACAUGGGAUAUUGUGACUAGACGCAUGUUACCUAAUGAGGAACUGUUAGACAAACCCAUCAAGCUUCGGAAUGCAUGCAUUUUCUACCUUGGUCAUACCCCAACGUUCCUUGAUAUCCAAUUGACCAAGGCCACAAAAAAUCCUCUUACAGGGCCAGCUUUCUACUCCUCAAUCUUCGAGCGAGGGAUAGAUCCAGACGUUGAUAACCCGGAAAUCUGCCAUCAACACUCGGAAAUCCCAGACGAAUGGCCACCUGUCGAGGACAUCAUAGAGUACCAGGGACGGGUACGAGAUAGGCUAAGAAGUAUCUAUUCCGUUGGUCUGGAGAAUAUCCCUAGAAAUGUCGGACGAGCUAUAUGGGUGGGUUUCGAGCAUGAAAUCAUGCAUUUGGAGACACUACUCUAUAUGAUGCUACAGAGUGACAAGACUCUCCCGCCGCCUCAUACAAAGCGGCCGAGCUUCGAAGCUCUAGCUCAAGAUGCCUACACGGCGAGAGUCAGCAAUGAUUGGUUUGAUAUACCUGAGCAAGAGCUCACAAUUGGACUCGACGACCCUGAUCAUGUGCAGAACUCAACCAAUCACUUCGGAUGGGAUAAUGAGAAGCCACCUAGGCGCAUACGAGUACAUAGCUUCCAAGCUAAGGGAAGGCCUAUUACCAACGAGGAGUACGCGCUAUACAUGUACAAUACCAAGACAACAAAACCCCCUGCCUCUUGGGCUAACGAAGGCCUAAGCCAGAAUGGCUCUAAUGACCAUGAAGCCAAGGAAAUAAACGGUCAUAACAAUGGCCACACCAACGGAGCCAAUGGCCAGCGAGCUCUCCCUCAGUCAUUCUUGGAGGGUAAGAGCGUGCGUACCGUUUACGGGCUGGUACCGCUUAAGUAUGCGCUCGACUGGCCAGUACAUGCAUCUUAUGAUGAAAUUUCGGGAUGUGCUACAUGGCUAGGAGGCCGGAUCCCCACGUUCGAGGAGGCCCGGAGCAUUUACUCCUACGUUGAUACUAUGAAGAGGAAAGAAGCAGAACGCCAGCUGGGUAGCACUGUCCCAGCAGUCAAUGCCCACUUGGUCAAUGACGGCGUCGAGGAAACUCCACCAUCAAGCACUGCGCAGGCCGUCGGUGGCGGUUCUUCUAAAAAUGACGACUUGUUCAUCGACCUCAGCGAUGCUAAUGUGGGCUUCCGCCAUUGGCAUCCCGUGGCCGUGACCGCUCACGGCAACCGCCUAGCAGGCCAGGCUGAGAUGGGAGGCGUAUGGGAGUGGACCAGCUCCCCUCUCAGGCCGCACGAGGGCUUCCAGCCUUUGGCCCUCUAUCCGGGGUACACCGCCGAUUUCUUCGACGAGAAACAUAAUAUCGUACUUGGUGGAUCUUGGGCUACCCACCCUCGUAUCGCGGGAAGGAAGACAUUUGUAAACUGGUACCAGCGCAACUACCUGUACGCCUGGGUCGGCGCGAGGCUCGUCCGCGACCUCUAG